CGUCAUCUGAAGCCACCGGAAGAGUGAGUUAUCUGUCUCCGCCCCGGCAGCUCAGUCAAUCCAACCUGAAGAGAAGGCGAGUCCACGGCUAAAAAUAAAAUAGCUAACACAAGAUGGCCGGUUUGCCUCGUAGGAUUGUAAAGGAGACACAGCGGUUGAUGGCAGAGCCUGUUCCAGGGAUCACGGCUACUCCGGAUGAAGGGAAUGCACGUUACUUCCAUGUGAUCAUUGCAGGGCCUCAAGACUCUCCUUUUGAAGGAGGCACAUUUAGACUUGAACUAUUUCUUCCAGAAGAGUAUCCCAUGGCAGCUCCCAAAGUACGAUUCAUGACCAAAAUCUACCACCCCAAUGUUGACAAACUGGGAAGAAUAUGUUUAGACAUUUUGAAAGAUAAGUGGUCUCCUGCCCUGCAGAUCCGCACAGUGUUGCUAUCUAUCCAGGCGUUAUUAAGUGCUCCCAAUCCAGAUGAUCCCCUGGCAAACGAUGUUGCAGAGCAGUGGAAGAAAAACGAAAGCAAUGCCAUUGAGACAGCCCGAUCAUGGACCAAGCUCUACGCGGGCAACACUGAAGUAUAGAAGAAGAGAGUCGAGGCUUCUGAAUGUGAUUCACAAAAUGUACUCCUAUUCUGUCAACAUUCGAAUUUAACGGACACAAAAAAAAGAGAAAAAAAGAUUAUAAGUCCAAAUCUAUUUGAAAGAAAUGACAAGAUUUACUGCUGCAGACCUCUGGGUGACUUAUUUUCCUCUCUGACGCGUUAAGUGUGUGUUAGCCUUUUUUUUUUUUCUUUUCCUGUGUUGCUAUUUAAAUGCAUGGACAGAGAACAACACCCUCCCCACUACAGUCUUAGAAAAUAACAUGCAAUAUGUUGUCCUGAACCAGGCACAUACUGGUACGUUUGCAAAAUAUACUUGCAUUAAAGCUGUUCUUCUUUUAACACAUUUGUCAACACAUCUGUAUGUCUUUUGUGAGAGAUGACAUGUUCUGUUAUUUCAACACGUAGUGUGUACAGCUGUCUUUUCACUAGUACUAGUAAGUAAAUGAAAAAUAGGAAUAUGAUGACGUUUGUCUUUACUCUUUUUAGGAAAUACGAUGAGUUUUUGGAAAAAUGCCCUUAACACUCAACAAGAAGGUUAGUGUCUGUGCAUACCAACUCGUCACAACACUGAACAUUUAGUUGGUGGUGCAGCAACUGUAGUGUAAAAUCAUUUCAUGUACACAUGGGGCACUUAAUACUGAGCACAAAGGUGAAACUCUUUAAUAUGUUCAUGGCACAGCACAGACGAUCUCAUUUGUAAAACUGGACAUAAAAGCGAGUACGUUUUAGAGGCUUUCCCACAGGAUGUACUUCCUAAAACCUUCAAUGCCACAUCAAAGACACUGUCUGUAACCACAGCACCAAUCGAGUUAGAUGUUAAAGACGCUGUAAUUAUACACUGAAAAAACAGAGGGGGUCUCAGAGGGUAGAGGUGAAGCAUUUUCACCCAUAGACAACUAAGGGAGGUGUAUUCUAACAUUUUAAAUGAAAAAUAAAUUUAAGGAUGCCCCGUCGGUUGCUGUAUACCUGCCAAAUUUGCAGGUAGAGAAUACACAGUACUGAACAGCCACAGCUAACAUGUAAAAGCAUCUAGUCCAUGGCUAGUGUCAACUUGGGGCCCUAGCAGAUGUAAUUUGUAUCUCUUUUCAUUAUUUACAUCUUAACAGUUGUUUUACGUUGAUAGAAAAGACAAGAAUAUUGUGUGAUUAGAUGCCUGGGCCCAAUUAGAUGAGGACUUUGCUUAUAAUAAUCUAAAAUCAAUGAUUUAAUGUCUUAUUUGUUUUUUUUGAAAGUUCUGUUCGGCAGCAGUAUAAAAUUUUCAGUAAAAUAGACAGUUUGGGGAGGGUGAGCAAAUUACGUCCACAUGCUUUUUAAAAAGCCAUUCCCAACACAUUCAGAAAGGUAGAAUGACGCACAUUGUUUGUGCUGAAAAGGAUCCGUAUGCAUGUUGUAACUACUAUGAUGUGUUGAAAAUGUCCUUUUUUUUAAGGGUGUAGGUCGUUGAACUGUUUUUGUUUUUAUUUAAUUUUUUUUAACCGUCUGUCCAUGCUAUCUGUGUUGCCUGUUCUCUAUUUUAUUUUCAGUGUUACUUCAUUAAAAAGGCAUGUACCAUAACCAAACUGAUAUCAGGACAGUUGAAACCUAGUUUUUUCUUUGGGGUGUUUGUAAGAGCUGAGCUGUUACGGUGUCUUUGAAGGGAAAGUUCAGGCUUUUUUUUUUUUUUCUUUUUUUUUUUUUGGGGGGAAGGUUUUGUUGAUGGUUGCAAAGUUGUCUUUGACCGUUAGAUGGUCUCACCUGCUUUCGCUCUUUCUAUGAUAACUGAUCUGUGAUGAUUAUGCAAGUGCAUUGAAUUAAUUGGGUCAUUGUGGUGGCAAAAAAAGUGAUAUUACAAAUAAAAAGUAUUCAACAUUAAA